UGAAGUUGAUCGAAGCUCAAAGGAGCUAUCCGUUGCAAAAUUGUGUUUUCUAGAUUAAAAUAGAAAAGAUAAUUCGAGUUAGCAAUGAGUUCUCUUGAAAGUUUGGUUCCAAGCAAGCAUAAGACCAACUUGUAAAACCGAAAAUCAGCUUAUUUUUUACAACGAUAAAAAACCUUCUGAAUAUGAAUAUGAGCUUAUUUAUUAGUAUUAGUAUUAGUAUUAGUAUAAGCAACCAGGUCUACCUACAGAGCAAAUUAGAUACAUGAUUCCAUGGAAUUUCUGAACAUAUAUAAUAUAAGCGGUAUCUUUUCCAAACCUGAAAGAGUUCAUAUCCGAAUACAGAUCUUCAUUAUGAAUAGAAACUGCUACAUUCCAGUUACCUGCACAACUUCUGAGGCAGCGAUACAAACCAAUGCCCUGCACAACUUCUGAGGCAGCGGAGACAAAAGAUGCACAACUUCUGAGGCAACGAGACAAACCAAUGACUUGCACAACUUCUGAGGCAGCGGAGACAAAAGAUGCACAACUUCCGAGCAGCGGAAACAAACAAAUUACCUGCACAACUUCUGAGGCAGCGGAGAUAUAAGAGGAUGUGAAAUCAGAGAUGAGAUUGAGGAAAAAAAAAAGAGGCCGUAAAAGGAGAGUGACAUCAACAACAGUAGCACGGGAACCAUUCCUUUCCCAGAACGGAAAAUUCAGCUCCGACUCGGAUAAUCGGCUAAGGGAUUUUCUGUGCACUACUCUCCUCAGACUUGAUUUCUGCUUUUGUUGCUGUUGGGCUGAUCAAGCCGCCGUUGCCUGGUGGAGCUCCAAUUGUAUUCCGAUUACGAGUUCGAAUUCCGUCCUAACCGGGAUAUUCCUUUCCCGAUUUGAUGAUCCGAUAGGCCUGACCCGUAUGACACGUAGGAUCCGAGAAGCUAGUAUGUUCCCAGGGUGACGUGGCAUUUUGAUGAGUUGGCAGGUUCUCAACAACCUGGUGCGUUUCCACGUUGGAAGUGACCUGGCCCCUACCUGGUUUGUAUAAAAUUUCUUGCUGUGUGUUACCGAAAAUUAAGUUCUUGUUUUUGAAACAGAGUUCUUCUGGCAAUGGCUAGUUCUGGCUCCUCCUGUGCUGACUGGAAAAAGAUGGAAGACGAGUUCACAGCUUAUGGGAUGAGCCUCAUGAAUCCUCCCUCUUCCAUUGAUGAGCUCUUCAAACUUCUUCAGAAAGUUGAGUCUUUACUGAAAAUGGUAAGUCAGGACCCAUUUGAUUCGACCACAAGUGCAAUUCAACCUUUAAUGAAAGCACUGGUUAGGAAUGAGCUAUUGGGGCAUACGAGUGAAGAUGUCAAAGUUUCAGUGAUUUCUUGUAUCACUGAAAUUUCUCGAAUAUAUGCCCCAAAGUACCCUUACAAUGAUCAUAGACAAAUGGAGGAAAUUCUCCGGCAAACUGUAAUGGCUUUAAAAAAGUUAGCUGAUGUUACUAGCUGCAGUUACCGGAAGGUGGUCCGAGUUCUGGAAAUCUUCGCCAAAGUAAGGUUAACUGCAGUGGUAUUGGACCACGAAAAUGAAACACUAAUCUUUGAGAUAUUCAAAAAUUUUCUCGAGGUCAUCAGGCCCUACCAUCCUCAUAAUAUAUUCACAUGGAUGAAAGAAAUCAUGACUCGGCUCAUAGAAGGCAGUGAUGAACUCUCAGCAGAGCUUCUACGGCUUCUUCGUGAUAGUCUCAAAAUUGAUAAUCAGAUGGAUUCACCCGUUGCAUCACACUUGGUGGAGGAAGUCCUAAAAGACUGUGCUGCCAUUGUGAAACCUCACUUUGCAGAAGCUUUAAAGUCAAUGAGCUUAAAUUCUGGUGACUAUGCUGAAACGGUUGCAUUAUUAUGCAAUGAAAUGCCAAAAGGAAAAGAAAUGAUGGCAACUGAAAAUGCACCUGAUACUGUGCAUCGCGUAAAAGUUGGUCCAUCUGAGGCUACAUGUUGUGAGCCAGCGCAGCAGGAUGAUACUCACAGGGAGAAGCUAAAGCAUACUUGUUUAACUAACAUCAUGAAACCUGUCAAUCCAGAAGAUGUGCACUCAACAAAAAAUGUGCCAAAAGAAAACCAGGAACGGACUGGAAGUCAUAAACUUACAGGUCAUCCUGUAAAAGUUGGUCCAUCUGAGGCUAAAUUUUGUGAACCAAUGCUGCAGGAUGAUACUCACAGGGAGAAGCUAAAGGAUACUUGUACAACAAACAUCAUAAAACCUGUCAAUCCAGAAGAUGUGCAACCAGCAACAAAUGUGCCAAAAGAAAACCAGGAAGGGACUGGAAGUCAUGAACUUACAGGAGAUGUGCCGCAAUCCCAAGUUCAGAAAAAAGAUUACUCUUCAUUUAGGUCUCACUUGGGGAGAGAGAACCAAGCGCACAGUAUGUGCCAAAAGAAAACGAGGAAGCGACUCAAGGAAGAAUGAGUCUGCUUCAGAUUGUGACUCAGAGAGAAAAUCUGAAUCUAGCAUAAAAAAUGAAGAAGGAAACCUCAAAGAACACAAGGAGCCAACACUGCAACAAAUUUU